UGUUCCUCUCUUGGAUCCAGAACUUUGCUCAUUUCUGAAGCCAGGUGUGUGUUUGUGUUGAUGAAGUCGAGAUUUGCAGCAGUGAAUUUAAUAAUGAAGACCAGCUCAGCUAAUCAGAUCCUCUCUCUUGGGACUUUGUCAAAAGAUCAGGUUUAUCCAUUGAAACUCAAGUGUAUUUCCAUCUGUUACUCUGCACUGAAGUCUGCCUUGUGUGGAAAUUAUGUCAGCUUCGGCAUCUUCAAGUUGUACGGGGACAACCACUUUGACAAUGCACUUCAGGCCUUUGUCAAAAUGCUGCUUUCAGUAUCCCACAGUGACCUGCUACAAUAUCAAAAACUAAACCAGUCUUAUUAUCCACUUUUGGAGUGUCUGACCCAAGAUCAUAUGAGUUUCAUUACCAGUUUAGAACCUCACAUCUUUCUGACCUCAAUAUCUGGAGGACUCACUGCAGAAGAUGUGAUUGUCUCCUCCAGCUGUUGUGCUGGUUUAGAUACAUUUCACCACCUCUUCAGGAACCUUGCUAAAGAGGACAAGAAGACUCUCAUAUCGUAUGACUAG